UACGUAGGCAGUUGCUUUCCUUGUACGUGCACAGGAUUUGACGUCUUGUUUCAUUCGGGGAAAGAAACUUUUUAUAUUUUCAGUGAAAACUGAAAAUAACAGAAAGUGGCGAAAACAAAACGAAGAAGUCAACACUAGGACGGAUAACCCGGCAAACAGUGACCACUUCAGUUGGUGCUGUCUGACUUUGAUCACGACCCUAGACCAUGAGUACGGAUCCUCAAUAUUUGCCUGGCGGCAGUGCCCCGGCUCCGGCCGUUGACCCCAAUGGCUUCAACAUCGAAGAAGAAGCCUACGAACCUCCCACCUACGAUGAAGCUUUUCCCCCCAUGGAGAGCGCCGCCAUGGGCGGUGGGCCAAAGCGUGGCCCAAGUGGACGCGGGCCGUCCUAUGCCAGAAUGGCAGUCAAGUCUUCCAUAGUUACUCAGGUGUUUCAUGUGCCUUUAGAGGAGCGUCGCUACAAAGAAAUGAACCAAGGUUUUGGUGAAUCUGGUAGUCAAUCGAGCAAGAUUUGCACAGAUAUCAUGAAGAACAGCAAUGCAAGCAUUGAGAUGAGUCUUGCUAAGGACCAGAGUUUGACCAUUGUAGUGACCGGCAAGGAGGAAGCGGUCAUCAAGGCCAGGAGAGAGGUCAUGAACAAAUUACAAACACAGGCGAACAUUACAAUCCAGAUCCCCAAGGAGCACCAUCGUUUUAUCAUCGGGAAGGAAGGUAAGAAGCUGAAAGAGCUGGAACAAGUCACCAUGACCAAGAUCACCAUACCAAACAGUGAAGAGAGCUCGGAUAUGAUCAGGAUCGUCGGACCCAAGGAGGGCAUCGAUCAGGCCAAACACGAACUACAACUCAUUUCCGAUGAACAGGCCAAGAGAGCAUUCGAGCGAUUGAUCGUCCCCUACAAGUACCAUCCUUUCAUUUGUGGACCUGAGAACUGUUUCAUCAAGGACCUUUCAGCCAGGACCGGAGCCAAGAUCAGCGUUCCACCCCUCAGUGCUAGGAAGGAUGAGAUUGUUGUGGCUGGUGAGAAGGAAGGUGUCCAUGAAGCCAAGGCUCUCAUCCUAAGGACCUACGAAGAGAAGAAACUGAAGACCACCACCGUAUCCCUGGAAGUCCGCAAAUCCCAGCACCGUUACGUCAUCGGCCCCCGUGGUUCCAACCUUGCUGACAUCUUGAAAGAGACAGGAGUCUCUGUUGAAGUCCCCCCGACUGACAGCCCGUCUGAGACCAUCACACUGCGUGGUGAACAGAGCCAGCUGGGACCAGCUAUCACACAGGUCUAUGCCAAGGCUAACAGCAUUAAGAUGGAGGAAGUAUACGCUCCAGCCUGGCUUCAUAGGUUCAUCAUCGGACGACAAGGAAAGAACGUCAGGAACAUUACACAAAACCUACCAAAGGUUCAUGUAGAAUUCCAGGAAGGCCGUGAUGUCAUCGUCAUCGAAGGACCGCCAGAAGAAGUUGAGAAAGCGCGUUCAGCGCUCGAGGAAAUCUCCCGCGAUCUCCAGAGCCGCCUCUCGUUUGUUGAUAUCAACAUUGAUCCUAAAUUCCACAAGCACAUCAUCGGAAAGGCUGGUGCAAACAUCACCCGCAUCAAGAAGGAUACCGGUGUGUCUAUCCGUAUUCCUAGUGAUGAAGAGAAGAGUAGUAACAUCAGGAUUGAGGGAAGUCCAGAAGGCAUCCAACAAGCCAAGAAGGAGCUUCUGGAGAUUGCUCAGAGAUUGGAAAAUGAGAAAUCCAGAGACAUCCUGAUUGAGCAUCGAUUCCAUCGCACCAUUAUUGGAACCAAAGGAGAAUAUAUCAAAGAUAUCAGGGACAAAUUCAAACAGGUUCAAAUCACAUUCCCAGACCCCGGCAAGCAGAGUGAUGUAGUGACCCUUCGUGGACCCAAACAGGAAGUAGAUCUGUGUCACCGUUUCCUCAAAGAACUGACCAAGGAACUGGUGGAGAACAACUACCAGGUCUCCUUGCCCAUUUUCAAGAAAUUCCACAAGAAUGUCAUUGGCAAAGGAGGCUCUACCAUCAAUACGAUCAAGGAGGAGACAGAUACAAGGAUUGAGAUUCCCACUGAGAGUAGCGACAGUGAUCUUAUCAUCAUCACUGGCAAGAAAGCCAAUGUUGAGAAGGCCAAACAGAAGAUCAUGGCCAUCGAGAGUGAACUGGCUAAUAUCACCGAAGCCGAGGUGCGUAUCCCAACCAAGCACCACCAGUCGAUGAUUGGCUCCAAGGGUCGUCUGAUCCGGGCUAUCAUGGAUGAGUGCGGGGGCGCUCACAUCCACUUCCCCAAGGAAGGCUCAGGAAGUGACAGGGUCACCAUCAGAGGACCAAAGGAAGAGGUGGAUAAGGCUAAGAAACAACUCAUGGAUCUGACCAAUGAAAGAGAGCAGGCCAGCUUCACUGCCGACGUUCAUGCCAAGCCGGAAUACCACCGUUUCCUCAUUGGACGCGGAGGAGCAAACAUCCGCAAGGUGCGUGAGGAGACAGGAGCGAGGGUUGUCUUUCCCAACAACAAUGACGAUGACCAAACUCUCGUCCAGAUCAUCGGGACCAAGGAAGCCGUUGAGGAGGCGAAGAAGAGACUGGCCAGUCUCAUCAAAGACCUGGAUAACAUCACCGAAGCAGAGAUCGACGUCGACACCAAGUACCACCGUCACUUCGUGGCCCGCCGCGGCCAGGUUCUGCGUGAGAUCGGUGACGAGUACGGUGGCGUGACGGUCAGUUUCCCUCGCAACGGGUCAACAAGCACAAAGGUCACCAUCAAGGGAGCCAGGGACUGUGUCGCUGGGGCCAAGAAACGUAUUCUGGAGAUUGUAUCGGAUCUGGAACAGCAAGUCUCCAUUGAAUGCAUCAUUGCGCAGAAGUUUCACGGAACAGUGAUGGGUCCUAAAGGUUCUCGUAUCCAGACUGUAACGCAGGAAUACGAAGUAGCCAUCAAGUUCCCUGAUAAGAACACACCCGCUGCCCAACCCGUGAACGGAGAGACCAAUGGUGAUGAUGCCCCAAAGAAGCAAGACAUCAUUGUGAUUACUGGCAAGAAAGACAAGUGUGAGAAGGCUAAGGAAGCUUUAUUGGCACUGGUCCCAAUCACACAGGAGGUCAAUGUUCCCUUUGACUACCAUCGUUAUAUCAUUGGCCAAGGGGGCGGUGUGAGGCACAUGAUGGACGAGAAUGAUGUGAACAUCACCAUUCCACCUGCCAGUGAACAGUCAGAUGUAGUGAUUGUGAGAGGUACACCUGCUAAUGUAUCAAGGGGCGUAGAAGCUCUCAUCAAGCGAGUCAAGGAGCUGGAUGAUGAACAAGAGGACAGACGCCUCAAGUCAUUCUCCCUGGAGUUGACGGUGGCCCCCCAAUACCAUCCCAAGAUCAUUGGACGCAAGGGAGCGGUGAUCGGUAAGAUCCGUACCAGGCAUGACGUCAACAUCCAGUUCCCCGCCCGUAACCAGGAGGAUCAGGAUACCAUCAAGAUCAUGGGAUACGAGGCCAAUGCCCAGGCCGCCAGGGAUGAGAUCCUAGCUAUUGUCAAAGAAUUGGAGGAUCAAGUCUCCGUUAAACUGUACAUUGAUCACCGCAUCCAUCGUCGUUUGAUCGGUGCCCGCGGCAAGGCCAUCAACCGCAUCAUGGAUGACUACAAGGUGGACAUCCGUUUCCCUCGGGACGAGGACCCUGACCCCGAUCUGGUGGUGGUCACCGGUGACGCCGAUAACGUCGAUGAAUGCUGCGAUCAUCUCAAGAACCUGGAAGAAGAAUACAUGAUAGAUGUGACCGAGAAGCAACAAUACAUCAGAGGUCCCAGCCGCAAAGAGGAAACCCCCAAGAGCACCAACAACGCUCCCUUUGUGAUCCGUGAUGCACCUUGGAGCAACCCACCUGACACCUCCAACGUCAACGACUUCCCAUCUAUCGGUGGACCGGGACAGGCACAGGCUCCCAAACCAGCCCCAUCUUCCUCAGCUCCUCGCUGGGGGCCGGCUUACAAGCGCUAAGUGAUAAGAAGGGGUACCCCCACCAUUCCCUUUUCCUUUCUGUUUUUCCUGUAACAAUCCAGGUACACUUUGGGGAGGAUCAAGGAUUCAUAUGGGAAGUGGGGAAAAUGCAACCCAAACCCCAAAUGAUAUAACCCUUUUUUUUAAAUAGAGAUAAAUGAUAAAAAAAUACCAUGCAAAAGGACAGUAUUUUAGGGGACCAGGAUUUAACUACUAUUUUGAUGCAAUGUUAUACAAAUAAUGCUUGGUGUUGUACCACUUGUGCAUCUCGAAAUAAUUUUCAGAGGGAGUCUUGAAAGUGGCUGGAAGAUCUUACGCCACCAUGACACCUCUUUUCUAUUUAUUAAAUGACUAAUAGCCUUGAUUUACUUUCCCCAUGAUAAGAAAUUUAACUACGUUGAAAUGUGGUCAUUUUAAUAGAUGAGAAACUAUGAAAUAAUCCCUUGUUCUCAUUAUCAAUGUCCAUUCUUUAAAAGUGCACUUUACUUUUUAUGAAUAUUUUGAUAUUGCUCUAUCAUUUUUAGUUUAGUUAUUUAUGUCUUCUUUAUCUUUGUCAUUAUUUGAAUAUAGACCCCCCUAUAUGUAGGAUAAUGUAUUGGCUUCGGUGUGAUUUUGUUUUGCUGGACACGUUUAAUUGAAUUAUAACCUUACAAGGACAUUUUUAAAUUAAUGCUGUAUUGUAACAAUGAAAUUUUCUUCAAAAGAUGUAAUCAUAAAGGUUAUUAAUGUAACUGCCGUAUUUAUUGAAAUCCAAACUUUUACUGAAAAUUCACAUUUUUACUGUGUCUUUGAAGCCUAUAAAGCAUUCGCAUCCCGUUGCCAUCACAUGUGGUAUUAUUCUAUUAGCAAUAAAAAAUAUAGGCAGAACUAUGAGUUUACUAGUAUAAUCUUUUCAUGUAAGCAACACAGAGCCUUCAGAUUAGAUUAUUUUCGGGGGAAAAAAUUAUCUUUUUAUUAUGUAAGUACAAAAUUGAAUGUUGUAUUUUUGUAGUGUUUCAAUGAUAUGUAUGUUUAUGUUGGCCGAGGGGAGGGGGUGGGGGUGUUGGUAGAAUAGGUAAGUAAGAAAUGCUGGGAACUGUUUCUUGGUUUAUCGCUAUUCAUUUUGUCCAUUUUCAUUUAACGACCAAAUUUAUGAUAUAGCAAGCGGUGACUGCCAUUCGGUAUGUGUGUGUAUGGUAAUGUUAUGAUGAUAUGUUCAAGUUUUGGUAAAAUACUGCUUUGCUUGAGAUAAUCUUUAUUUUGUGAGUUUUUUGGUUGGUUUUCUUGUGAUGAUGAUUAGGAAGAUCCAGUGCUGUUGAAUUUUACAUAAUGUUCUUUGUUUUAAUAUAGGUGAUGUCUUUACUCCACACAGAGUAAAAUGAAAUGAGUUACGCAAAAAGUUGAAGUUUUAAGCAUUCGAAAUGGAAAUAAUAAAUAAUGAGAAAUAUUUUUUUUUUAGUUCAGGAAUUUUUACGCUUCAAGGUUAUUUGACUUCUUGAAGAAAUCACUGGUUAUUUUUCAAUUUUAUUCUUAGCCAAGAAAGCUAUUCUUUGUGCAAUUCACAGAUUUGUGAAUAAGAAUGUUUUUUUCUUAAGCAUUUGAGAGGUAGUGUUUAAACUAUUAAGAAAUUGUUUUGUUCAUGUAUUGUACACCUGGAUACACAGUUCGACUACAAAUUAGAUACAUGUAUUUUCUAAUAUUACUUUUGUUUCAAUAUCUUUCAUCUCACUUUUCAUUUAUAUAGAAUAUUUUGAGUGAGGAAAUCUUAGGUGGGAUUAGGGUACAUAUAUAGCGAUAUUUUACUCUUUAGCAUGAAUAGAAAAGUGGAGCUUAUUUUUCUCAAUUGAAAUGUUCAAUUUUACUACUUUUGUUGAUGAGAUUGUGAUGUAUUAUGCAUUGCGUGAUUGCAAUGUACAAACUAUAUGAAAUGUCAAUUUGAAUGAAGAAAGGCGAUUGCCCUUUCUGUACUUACAAUUUAUACAAAGAUAUAUAUGUAUAUGUAAUCACUUGAAUAGCAUAUGGGUAGUGGUAGUAUUAUUUUUUGGUUUCAACCUUUGAAAUUUUAUAUCAUUGCUUAAAUGACAUACAGAAAAAGCUGUAUAGAGAGUGUGUUGCUUACCUAAAAAAAGAAGAAGAAAUUAUGUAUGAAGAUUCAUGCAUGUUGACAUAUGUAAACGAAAUGUAUUCUUACCACAUGCGUAAAAAAACUGCUCAGUCUUGUUGACAUGUAUGUUAAGGAAGGACUUAUUUCCAUAUCUUUAUCAUCAUGAUUGAUUUUGUAUGCCAAAUGUAAGAUUAAUGAAUAAACUUACGGAUGCCACUGUCAACAAUA